AUGGCCGUGCUGGCGCUGGCCGAGGCGUUUGUGCGCGGCAGCGAGGCCGAGAGCCUCGGUGCCGCGCCGCAGCUGGCAGCCGCCCUCGCCAAGGCUGCCGCAAGCGCAGGCAAGGAGAACAGCUCCGCCAGGGAGACGCUGCAGGCCGCCCAGCAAUGCUUCAAGGCCGCACAGCAGCGCCUGGCGCAGGCACAGGGCGACGGGGAUGACCGCAGGAGCCUGGCGCAGCUGGUGGCAGUGGGUCGGGCCAGCCUGGCGGCGGUGGCGGCACUCACACCCGCCGGCAACACCCAGCAGCUGGCAGGCUUGCGCUACAACUUUGCACGGCGCCUGGUGUCCUGCAAGGCCUUUGCCGACGCCCAGACAGAGGCCUGGCUGCUGUUCCAGCAGCUGGGCAAGCAGGCGGCGGCGGCGGGUGGUGGCAGCAGGCGGGCAGCGGCCUCCGCCGCAGCUGCCGACGAGGCAGCCAACAUGAUGGUGGGCACUGCGCUCACGCUGGUGCUGUGCUGCGUGGAGGGCAAGCUGUUUGACGACGCCCAGGCGAUGCAGGGCCUGCUGCAGGCGGCAGACAUCCUGCCGACCUGGCUCAGCGAGCUGAAGCGCGAGGAGGCGGCCAGGCACGGCGAGGCCGCUCACAAGUAUCUAUACAAGGCGGCGGUGAUGCUUCUGGAGCGGCAGGCCUGGCAGCCGCUGGCGGGAGUGUGCAGCAGCCUGCUGGCUGCGUCUGGCGACGAUGCCACGGCGCAGCAGCGGGCUGUGCAGGCGGUGGGCAAGCUGGCGGGGCACAUGCCUGAGGAGGCGGCGGCGACUGCUCUGGCCGCGCUGGCGGCACGAACCGGCAGCCUGGCGCUCGGCAGCGGUGCGGCCCUGGGCCUGCUCGGCCUGCUGUGCUCCGCAGUGCAGCACGCGUCGAGCACCGCAGCCUGCCAGCAGCUGCAGCAGGCGGCACUGAGCUGCACAGCCACCGCAGCAGCCGAAGGCGGCAGCCAGCAGCUGCUGCAGACCGCCGCCCUGCUGCUCCCAGCUCUGGUGGUGCAGGCGCCUGGCAGCGGGGCUGGAGCUGCAGACUGGCUGGAGCCUGUUGCUUCGGUUGUGCAGGUCGUCACCAGCGCUAUUGAGCAGCUGGAGGGUCAGCUGGCGGCAGCGCGGCCGCAACCGUUGGGCAGCCAGCAAGUCCAGGUGGCGCUGUUGGAGGCGGCUUUUCUGCCGGCCAACGCGCUGCGGCGAGUGCUGGCCGCCCACCUGGCAGCAGGCGACAAGGCCAAGGGCGCAAGCGGGAGCAGCCCGGGCGUGGGGCAGCUGCUGGGUGGCGCUGCAGCUGUGGCGGCAGCAGCGUCCACGCUGGAGCUCCUCUGCGGCAUGGUGUGGCUGUCCAGCAGGCAGGACAGCCUGGAUGGCAGCCAGGACCAUGCCGCAGCAGUGGGGCUAGUCACCGCAGCGCGCCUGCGGGCAGCCUGCCUGAGCAGCAGAGGCGACCCUGCAGAGCUGGUCAGCAGCCGAGCAGUGCGCUGGCUGCUGGGGUGGGACUUACAGGCCUACUGUGCUGGCAGCGCGGGGCUGCCGCCUGCUGUCUGCGCCGUGGAGCCCCAGGAGCUCUCCUGGCUGGCCUCUGCCUUGUUCAACGUUGGCGUGGACCUGCAUGGAAGCCAGCAGUACGCGGCCGGCGCAUCAGCGAUGCAUGCCGCGCUGGCAGCAGCAGCGGUGGGGCUGCGGCGGCUAGCAGGAGGCGCCGCAGAUCAGGAUGCCCCCGCUUGGCUGGCCGACUUUUGUCGCAAAGUCUGUGCACUGGCGGAUGCCCAGCAACGUGCCAGCGACGCCCAGCGCGCGCUCAGCAGCCUUGCGCACUGCACGGCGCUCCUGCUGCAGCUGGGCUUUGCGUCGCCCUCCGCCUGGCAGCCGCUGGUCCAGGCGUUUGUGCGGGUGCAGGCUGACCAGCCGGCUUCCGAUGAGCAGCAGCAGCAUGCGGCGCCAGCUGCUGUGCCCCCCAGCAGGCGCGGCAGGGCGGCAGCCAGCAAGAAAAGCGCCACUGCCGCUGCGCCAGAUGCCAGCAGCCUCAGCCAGCCGGCUGCCAGCAACCUGCUGCUUGUGGAGGGCUUGCUGCUGCGCGAGGCAGAGCUGCCACGUGGCAGCAUAGCAGCUGUGGUCGAGGUGGAGCUGCACUGCUGGGCGGCAGCACAAGCAGACGGCAUGGGGGCGGCAGGCUGCCGCCACACGGUGCAGCGCUUGCUGCAAGCAGUCUUCCCGGCAGAGCAGCGGCCUGUGGAGCAUGCGGCGGCGCUGCUGGCGCUGCACCAGCUGGGCAUGCCAGCUGAAGAUGGGCGGGUCGGGAGUUGGCUGCUGGAGCGGGCUGUGCAGGCGGUGAACAAGGUGCCCGGCGCACCGGCAGCCGCCGUGCUGGCCAGGGCCCGCUGCCUGCUGGCUGUGGACUCUGCCCGCCAGCUGGCAGCCCAGGCGCUGCUAGAGCAGCAGCAGGAGCGGCAGCGCACGCAUGUGGCGGCCUCCACCAGCGCAGCCGGCAGCAGGGAGCAGGAUGCUGCGGCGGUGGUGCAGCUGGCUGGUGGGCAGCCGGACGGGCCUGCUUGGCGGCGGGUGGAGCAGCAGGCGCAGCAGACGCUGGAAGCCCUGCAGGCAGCCGGCGAGGGCGCAUCAGACGACCAGACACGGGCAGCUUUCCAGGAGCUUUCCUACCUGCUGAGCUUGCACGGCAGCCAGGGCGCAGCCGGAAAGCUACAUCAGCUGCUGCCGGGCGUGCAGCCAGUCGACGAAUUGCUGGCUGGCUGCCUGUUCCCGGCCGCAGCUGCCGGCACCGCUGCCGACCUGCAGCGGCAGGCAGAGGCAGCGGCGCUCGAAGGCGGGCGCUGCAGCGGCGCGGCGGUGCGUCGUGCAGUGCUGCACUGCCAGGCCGCAGAGGCGUUUGGGGCGGCUGGGGACAUGGUGCCUUCCCUGUACCAUGCCUCUGAGGGGCAUCGCCUGCUGGCUACACUCUUCCACGAGGAUUCGGCGCCAGCAGGAUGCAGCCCACCCAGCAGCGACGCGCCGCCGCUCGGCUGGUGGCGCCUGGCGGCAGCAUACCUGGGCAGCCUGCUGCAGCUGGGGCAGCUGUUUGAGGCCGCGGGGCUGGCUGACGAGGCGCUGCAUGCUCUGCGCGAGGGGCAGCGGCUGGCUGCGGCGUCUGGGGCUCGGCCCGUGGCAGCCGUGUUUGCUGCCAGGCUGGCUGACAUGCUGUGCAAGCUGGGGCAGCCGGAGGCAGCAGAGCAUGCGGCCAGCGCUGCCGAGCAGGGGCUGGCGGGGAUGGCAAUCGCCCCUUCUCUGCCGCUCGACUACUGCCGAGCCACGGUGCAGCUGGUCAGGGCGCAGCUGGAUAUUGCAUCGGGCAGCGGCGGCGGUGGCAUCAGCAAGGCUGCCCUGCUCAGGUGCCAGGCGGCGGUGAGCAGCUGCGAGGAGCUGGCAUGUGCAGCGGCGGUGGCGGCAGGGGGCAGCAAGCACCAUCCGGCACUUGGCUGGUGCAAUGCCCUUCGCUCUGCCGCGCUGCUGACAGCUGCAGAGGCAGCGUUGCAGCAGGAUGGCACCGCUGCUGCACUUGAGCACGCCACCGCCGCUGCGGCGGCCUCUGCGGAUGGCGGCUGCAUGUGCAGCGCCGUACGGUACCAGCAGGCCGCUGCGCUGCUGUUCGUGGGCCAGCAUUCCGCGCCGCAGGCAGAGGCCGAGCAGCAGCCGGCAGUCUGGGGCUUGGGGCGGGACUGCUGCGCAGCCGCCGAUGAGGUGCCCGUUGCGCCCAAGGGCAGGUCCAGGGAGGCACCCGCCAAGCCGGCUGCCGGCCGGGGACGGAGCAAGGCGGCCGCGCCAGCAGGAGAUGCGGGGACCAGCGACGCAGCAGCGAGCCGCUCAGCCACGGCCUCCCGUGCCGUGCCGCAGCACCAGCAGCGGCUGUGGCAGGCUCUGGAGCUCAGCAAGUCGGCAGCGGUGCUGCUGGCGGAGGCGUGUGGCAAGGCCGGCCACCUGCACCUGGCGGCCUGGCUGCUGCACUCCUCCCUGGGCUCGGCCAUGCGCCUGCAGUACCAGCUGGUACUGCACAGCCGCCGGCAGCAGCUGCUGCAGCGGCAGCGCAGGGGGGCUGGCACCGCCGACCUAUCCGCCCAGGCAGAGGAGCUGGAGCGACUAGAGUCGGACGUGCUACAGCCUGAGCUUGACUGGCAGCUGGUGCUGCAGCUGGCAGGGUGCAGCACGGCAGCAGCAGCUCGGCAGCAGCCAGCGCCUGCGCCUGCAGGAAGAGGCAGGAAGGCGGCGCCAGCACCGGCUGCCGACGCUUCAGCCAGCGACGCCGGAGCAGCACUGGCCGCCCUGGACCAGCAGGCACGGCAGCAGCUCCUGGCAUGGCAGGCGGUCCUGCCGGCUGGCACAGUCGCUUGCAGCAUCAGCGUGCUUUCGGGCUCCGGUGGCGGCAGCCUCCUCAUCUCCCGCCUGGCACCAGCCGGCAGCGGCACGGCGGGCGACUGCUUGCCUCCGCUGCUGGUGGCGCUGCCGGUGCAACAGCUCAGCGCCAGCCUGUCCCAGCACCCCAUCCGGGCGCUCAGAAUGGACGAUGAGCCCGGGGCAGGCAGCGCUGCUGUGAGCAGCGUGCAGAGCGUGGUGGAGGAGAUGGCGGCGGUGCUGCAGGAGAGCGGGCGCAGCAUGCGGGAGAUGAGCACAGAGACGCGGGAGCAGCAGCGGGAGUGGUGGCGCGCGCGGCUGUCACUGGAUGACCGGCUGGCGGCGCUGGUGAAGCACCUGGACUCAUCCUGGCUGGGGCCCUGGAGGAGCCUGCUGCUGGGCGACUCUUCAGAUGGUGACGCAGCCGCGGGCGCCGGCCAGGCUGCGGCGCAGCACCUGCUGGUGCUGCUGGAAGCUCAAGGGCAGCCCGCCUCGCGGCAGCAGGCCGGCGUGCUGCGGCAUGCGGCGGCGGUAUUGGCCCGGCACGCCGGCAGCGGCGGAAUGACGCCCGGCGAGCGGCGGCAGGCGGCGCACCAGCUGUGCCACGCCGCGGGGCUUGCAUGCGGGCAGGAGCAGCAGCAGGAACUGGCGGCGCUGCUGGCAGCGCCGGGUCCUCGCCCCGCCAGCCCAGCAGCAGCCGCUGAUCAGGCGGGCGAUGCAGACGUGCCUGAUGCGGGACCGCCGCCGCCCGCGGCUGCCGGCAAGGCCAGGAGGGCAGCAGGCAGGUCGGUUAAAUUUGCCGACCAGCUGGACCCAGCAGCAGAGCAGCAGGAGGAGGCAGCAGCGGUGGAGCCCGAGCCCACACCGGCGCCAGCACGGGACGGCAGGGCCCGCACGCCGGCCGCAGCCAGGGGCAGGAGAGGCGCGGCAGCCGCUGCCGAGGAGCCUGCUGAGGGCGGCGGGGGCGAUGCCUCGCCUGUGGCAACGCUGGCAGCUGCAGGCAGCGGUGUGGCAGAUGCAGAGGAGCCUCCCCAGACUGUGGCUCGAGGAGGCCUGUGCCGUGUGUUUGAUGGGCUGAGCCUCGACGACCAGCCAGCAGCCCCCAGCACGGCGGCAGCAGCCGCGGCAGCGGGCACCGCGACGACGGCACGCAGCGGCAAGCACCGCUCCCGCCUGCGCAUGAUGCAGGCCGCCACCCCGGGGCCCGGCACCGCCCGCAAGCCGCGGGCUGUGGCAGGGGCGGCGGCAGCGGCGGCCACGGCGCCCCGCCCGGCACGGGAGCUGCCGCUGACGGCAGCCAAGACGGCGCCCCCCCAUGCUGCGCGCCCCGGCGAGAGCGCGGGCACUGCUGCUGCUGCUGCCGGGCCGGUACUGCUGGUACUGGAUGGCGCGCUGCAGGCGCUGCCCUGGGAGAGCGCCGCCGGCCUGCUGCAUCAGCGGAUGUACCGCAUGCCCAGCCUGGCCUGCGCCGCCGCCUCCGCCCGGCGCGCCGACACCAGCGUCGACCUGGGCUCCACCUUCUACGCCCUCAACCCCAGCGGAGACCUGGAGGCCACGCAGGCAGCCUUCCAGCACUGGUUUGCCGGCAUGCGCGGCUGGGAGGGCAAGGCAGGGUGCGCCCCGAGCGCCGCGGAGCUGGCGGCGGCGCUGCAGAGCCGGCGCUUCUUCCUGUACUGCGGCCACGGCGGCGGCGAGCAGUACAUCUCAGCCGCCAAGCUGCGCAGCCUGGAGCGCUGCUCCGCGGCGCUGCUCAUGGGCUGCAGCAGCGGCAGGCUGCGCGCGCAGCAGCACUACGAGCCCAUCGGCGCCGUGCUGGCCUACCUGCUGGCGGGCUGCCCCGCCGCCGUGGCCAACCUGUGGGAUGUGACCGACAAGGACAUCGACCGCUUCAGCCAGGCGCUGCUCACAGCCUGGAUCAGCGGGGCCAGCGGCGGCAGCGGCGGCGGCAGCAGCGGCGGCGACAGCGGCGUCGACAGCGGCAGCAGCAGCGAUGGGAACAGCGGCAGCGACAUGUGCGCCGCGGUGGCGGCCAGCCGGGCGGCCUGCAAGCUGCCGCACCUGGUGGGCGCGGCGCCCGUCUGCUACGGCAUCCCCUCCCGCCUCUUCUUUGAGGCGCCUGCCUGA